CACUCAGUUCACGUGUGACUAGCAAAAGUUAAAGUACGUUCACUGCCGACUCGGUGGGCGACACAUUAAAGCGAGCGAUAUACUAUACUAUAUAUAUCGGAAUCGGCCUGUUAUUAACACUUUUACAAAUUGCAUCUGACAUCCGAGCGAGCAUUCGAUUAGCAUAAUGGCGAAUCGGGACUUGCAGUUGAAUUCGGGCAUGAAGUGCGCCAAAUACAUGCUCAUCAUAGUGAGCUUUAUGUUUGCGCUGACCGCCAUCCUGCUCAUAAUGGUGGGAACUACGAUCCAGACGAUCUUCGGCGACUUGAGCCUGUUCAUCGAUGGCCACUUCGCGUCCCCUCCGGCACUCCUCAUCGCCAUUGGAUUCAUUCUGAUCGCAGUGGCCACUCUGGGAGCAUAUGGCGCCGUCAAGGAGAGCGUGAUGGUCAUUAAUCUGUACGGAGUGUGCCUGUUCCUGGUGUUCAUCCUGGAGGUUUCUGCCGCCAUCGCCGCCUUCGUGAUGCAAUCGCAGGUGAGGGGCAUGCUGGUGCGUACGAUGCACCAAGCCCUGGAGCAGUACGACAGCGAUCCAUAUGUGCAAGCUGGAGUGGACCUUAUGCAAUCUGAGCUCCAGUGCUGCGGAGUUGACCAGCCGGAGGACUGGAAGGACAACUACGGGCCCAACAAGAACUUGACACUCGGCUCCGACGACGUGGUGGUGCCCAAUUCCUGCUGCGGCAAACUGGGCCAGGACUUCGACGAGACCUACCAGGUAACCUGCGAGGUGACCUUCGACUACGGCUGCUUCCGCAAGAUGAACUUCAUCGUGUCGCAGAGCGCGAUGCUGAUUGCCACCGGAGCCACCACGGUGGCCUUCGUCCAGCUGCUGGGCGUCCUCUGCGCCUUCAUGCUGGCCAAGACGCUCCGCCGGAACAAGUCGCUCCGCGAGGCCCGCCGCUGGCAGCUGCAGCAGAGCCUCGGCGUCCUCAUCUCGGGCGGAAAGAUGGCCCCGCCCCAGAACUCGGCGGUCACCGGCUACCAGCAACUGGAGAACGGCGACCAGGGCACCCACGAACCCUACACCUACACGCCCCAGAGCCCCAGUGUCAACUAGGCGGAGCUAUCGAUGGAAGCCAUAUUUAUACCGUAUACCCAAAGAGAUCCCUUUGUAAAUGUAACUUUUUAAUUUGUUAACUAACCACAUAGUCAGACGAAAUAAACGCGGUGGUCCUAGGACUACCUGCUGAA